UCCGCGGGAACGAAGUGAAGAACGCGUUUGUGAUUAAAUUACGAAAUUGUCCAAAGCUGUGGCCGGCUUGAAACGUUGCUGUUAUAAUAUUUAAUAAUAUAAUAAAGAAAUGGAAGUAUCAGAUGAAAAUUUAGCUACUCUAGCAAGUUACUUGGAAAAAACUCUUAAUCCAGAUCCCAAUAUCCGAAGACCCGCUGAAAAAUUUCUAGAAGGUGUUGAAUCAAAUCAAAAUUAUGGAAUAUUGCUCCUUAAUCUCAUUAAUAAUGAAAAUGCAGAGCUGGUAAUUAGAGUCACCGCUUCUAUAACCUUCAAGAACUAUAUAAAACGGAAUUGGCCAGUGGAUGAAGAUGGUGUUGAUCGUAUGCAUUCAUCAGACAGAGCCACCAUCAAAUCACUUAUAGUCCAAAUGAUGCUCAAGACCCCAGAAGGUAUUCAAAGGCAGUUAAGUGAUGCGGUCUCUAUAAUUGGCAAGCAUGAUUUUCCGGAGAAGUGGCCGGGACUGAUCAAUGAGAUGGUUGAGAAAUUUGCCUCUGGUGAUUUUCAUCUUAUAAAUGGUGUGUUAAGGACAGCACAUUCGUUAUUCAAGAGAUAUAGAUAUGAAUUUAAAUCACAAAAACUUUGGGAAGAAAUCAAACAUGUUCUGGAUAACAUAGCAAAACCUCUGACUGAUUUAUUUGUAGCGUUAAUAGAUUUGGCCAAGAAAAAUAAUAAUGUGCCACAUGCGUUGAAGGUCAUCUAUAAUUCCCUUGUGUUGACGUGCAAGGUGUUUUACUCCCUCAACUACCAGGACUUGCCAGAGUUCUUCGAAGAUAACAUGCCAGUAUGGAUGCCAAAUCUCCUCAACCUGCUACAAGAUAAAGUUCCUUGCUUGGAGACAAGUGAUGACACCGACGUGCCUGGCGUCAUGGAAGAACUUCGUACGGAAAUUUGCAACUGCGCAGCUCUGUACGCACUUAAGUAUGAGGAAGAGUUCUCUCCGUACGCUCCGGCUUUCGUGACUGCAGUGUGGAACGUCCUUCUGAACACUGAUUCGAAGUUACGUUUUGAUGCGUUAGUUUCGAACGCACUUACAUUCCUCGCUAAAGUAGCAGAGAAAAAUAGUUACAAGAAUCUCUUUGAAGAUCCCGCUACGCUUAGCAGUAUUUGCGAGAAGGUUGUCAUACCCAAUAUGCAGCUACGAGAGUCCGAUUUGGAAUUAUUUGAGGAUAAUCCAGAGGAGUACGUAAGCCGUGAUAUCGAAGGUUCCGACGUGGACACCAGACGGAGAGCGGCCUGCGAUCUAGUGCGGACCCUGGCUUUGCAUUACGAAGAUAAGAUGAUGAGCAUCUUUGGCCAAUACGUUGAGGUUAUGCUACUUAAAUACUCGGAGAGUGGUGGUAGCGCUUGGAUUGGUAAAGACACAGCACUAUUCCUGGUCACAUCACUGGCAAGUCGUGGUGGGACACAGGCAGCGGGAGUGACUAAGGCCUCCCCUCUUGUAGACCUGACUUCAUUUGCUGCUAAUCACGUCUUGCCGGAGCUGCAACGUCCUAAUGUGGAAGAGUUGCCAGUGUUGAAAGCAGAUGCCAUUAAGUACAUAAUGACGUUUCGGUCUCUGCUGCCCAAGGAACUCAUAGCAACAGCCUUUCCGUUGUUGAUCCAGCACAUCAAGGGCAGCGGCGUGGUGUGCACGUACGGCGCUUGCGCGGCGGAGAAGUUGAUCGCGGGCGGCAUGGUGGGCCGCGCCGCGCUGCAGCCGCACGCCGCCGCGCUGCUGGGCGCGCUGCUGGCCGCGCUGGGCGCGCACGGCGACCCCGCCGCGCACAACGAGUACGUCAUGAAGGCGGUUCUCCGUACAUUAGCAUGCUUGCGGGAGGAUGCGUUGCCGUACUUGGGCGAAGCGUUGCCGAAGCUGGCCAGCAUGCUGGCUGUUGUCUCCAAGAAUCCCUGCAAGCCUCAUUUCAACCAUUACCUUUUUGAGAGCCUUUCACUUGCUAUACAGUUGGUAGUGAAAUCAAACCCGAAAGCCAUAACGGCUUUUGAAGACGCUCUGUUUCCCAUUUUCCAAGGCAUCCUCCAAAAUGAUGUGCAGGAGUUCAUGCCGUACGUAUUCCAAAUGCUGUCGCUGCUGCUGGAGCUGCGCGGGUCCGGCGGCGACGGCUCGGCGCCCGAGCUGUACGCGGCGCUGCUGCCGUGCCUGCUGGCGCCGCCGCUGUGGGAGCGCCCCGCCAACGUGCGCCCGCUCGUGCGCCUGCUCUGCGCCUUCGUGCUCGCGCGGGACGACCUCGUGCUCAGCUCGGGCAAGCUGAACGCGAUGCUGGGAGUGUUUCAGAAGUUAAUCGCUUCAAAGACGAACGACCACGAGGGCUUCUAUCUCAUACAGACAAUGUUGUUUAAAUUUGGACAAUCAGUGAUGCAGCAAUACACGAAACAGAUAAUAACGCUCCUCUUCCAACGGCUCUCGUCAUCGAAAACAACGAAAUACGUCAAGGGACUGAUCGCGUUUCUUGGAUUCUACGCGGCGCAGUUCGGAGCCGACGAACUCAUCGAGCUGGUGGACUCCGUGCAGGCUAACAUGUUCGCGCUGUACGUGCAGCGCGUGCUGGUGCCCGACGUGCGGCGCGUGUGCGGCGCGCUGGAGCGCAAGGCGGCGGCGGUGGGCUGCGUGCGCCUGCUGUGCCACAGCGCGCGCUUCCGCGCCGACCUGGCGCCGCUGUGGCCCGCCGUGCUGCAGGCGCUUAUAUCGCUGUUCGAGCUACCACCAGAUGAGAGCACGUUGCCCGACGACCAUUUCAUAGAGGUGGACGACAUGCCCGGCUACCAGCCGCAGUACGCACACCUCACCUGCGCCAAGUCCGCCGCAGACGACCCGCUCGCCGGCAUCGACGACCCCAAGCGCUACCUGGCGGAGAGCCUGGCGGAGCUGUCCCGCGCGCAGCCCGGCCUGCUGCCGCCGCUGCUGGGCGCGCUCGACGAGCCGCACCGCGCCGCGCUGCAGGCCUGCCUCGCCGCCUACAGCGUGCACGUCUGCUGAGCCGCCCUCCCUUCGCGGCCCGGGGCGCCAGGGGGCUCAUUCACAUUUCAAAUAUUAGGCGAAUGGGUUAUUUUGACGCCUACCUAACCGGUAAUACCCGUGCUAUAUCGUACAGUGACGAUAUAUAUGUAUGUACUGAAAUACCGAACGGACGAGUGAUUUAAUUUUAAAAAUGCACUUUGUAUGCUUUUCAUUAACAAAUUAAAAUGAUAGAUUGUUGAUAAUAAUUGUUUCAAAAUACUACAAGUAUCUUUAUAUGUAUAAAUUCAGAAGUCGUGAAUAUUUCAUUAAUUUUAUAUAUUUUUUUUAUUGAAGUUUACAUUAAAUCCCAUUUAAGUAUGUAUUUGUGAUUGUUUAUAAUUAAUAUUGGUUUAAUACUUCGUAUAAAUAAUUGAGUUACUGAAUGCGGGUGAAGACUUAGCGUCCGUUAUAUAUGACAUAUGUAUAUUUCUCUUAUAAUUAAUUAAAAUAUUAUAUAUAUAUAUCUCCUCAAAUACCUAAAUUACUAACAAACACCCAUUUUUAUAUGUUAGUUCUAAAUCCGUAGCUGUUUUUAGUUUUGCUAUUUUCGAUUUGAUGUUAUAUACUGUGUAAAUAGUGGCGCGUAUUGAGGACUGAGUAAUCUUUCCUAUUGUAUAAGUGUAAUGUUAAUAAGUAGCUUAUAUUUUGAAUAAAUGUUGUGAUAAAAUCUUAAUUAGGUGAUCUUCGAGACGCUGAGCGUCCUUUCUCGAUACGUUAAUGAUAAAUUCGGUUAUUACGUUUUCCUAAACAAUAUUAAAUGUAUUUUUCUAAGAAUUUCGUAUUGAUUUUUAAGGUAGACUUCUAAAGUACAUUAGUAGUCUUGUUUAUUGUCUGCAUUGUCUGUUAAUAUUGUAUUGUAACUCAAUUUUACAGGAUUUGAAACUAAAUUAUGAUUUUAUGAAUAAAUACAUGUU